AUGGAGUUCCUGAUUGAGGGCCUAAAGGUUUCUAGUGUAAGCUACUCUAUAUGUGAUACCACAUUGCCACACAAUUCUACAGGAUGCUUGGUAUCAACGCCAAUGAUGUACAAAGAUGGAAAUAAUUUCUCAGACAUUAUCAAAGGAUCAAUCCUAAGUUCAAUGCUUUUUAGUUGGCCAGCCAGUACAGGUACCAGUGAUUGUGAGCAAGCAUGCAGGUGCAACUGUUCAUGUGUUGCAUAUAUUUCUUCGAUGGAUAAUGGGACUCGGUGUGAACUUUUCUGUGGAAAUAAAAAUGAUCUUUUGAAUGACAUAAGGAGAGGAAACAGAAGCAUCUAUGUGCAUGAAAAUGAUUCUAAAUCUGGAAUAAAUGGGAUUCAAGUAGGCACAGGAGAAGUUCAUGCAUCCCAGUUAAGUCCAAACAAUGAUCCUAACAUAGAAGAUGUUAUUGAGCUCAGGAGGAAGAAUGAUCAUGAGCUUUCCCUGCUUAAUUUUAUUAGUGUAGUGGCAGCCACUGAUAAUUUCUCAGCUUGUAAUAAGAUUGGAGAGGGUGGUUUUGGACCUAUUUAUAAGCUACAAGGUAAUGAAAUUGCAAUGAAAAGGCUUUCAAAAUAUUCUGGACAAGGAUUAGUAGAGUUCAAGAAUGAGGUACAAUUAAUUUGUAAGGUACAGCACAGAAAUCUUGUCAAGCUUUUGGGUUGUUGCAUUGAGCAAGGGGAAAAGAUCUUAAUCUAUGAGUACAUGCCCAACAGAAGCUUGGAUUCCUUCAUCUUUGAUCCAGUAAACAAACUGCUACUGGACUGGACGAAACGUAAAUACAUCAUUGAAGGGAUUGCUCAAGGACUUCUAUACCUUCACAAGUACUCAAGAUUAAGAAUUAUUCACCGUGAUUUCAAAACUAGCAGUAUCCUAUUGGAUGACUACAUGAACCCCAAAAUAUCAGAUUUUGGCAUGGCAAGAAUUCUUUUUGAGGAUGAAAGCAAAAUCAAAACGAAGAGGGUUGCUGGAACAUAUGGCUACAUGUCUCCGGAGUACGCAGUGCAUGGCCUUUUCUCAAAAAAAUCCAAUGUAUUUAGCUUUGGAGUGACUGUGUUGGAGAUUGUGAGUGGCAAGAAGAAUGCAACUUUUCAUGAACCAAACUGCUCAAUGAACUUACUAGGAUAUGCUUGGGAGUUAUGGAAAGAUGGGAGAUGCACAGAGUUAAUCGAUCAAACAUUAGGUGAUUCAUGUCCUAUGAAUGACGUAGUCAUGUUCAUCCAGGUGGGUCUGUUUUGUGUUCAAGAAAAUGAAGACAGGCCAAACAUGUGGGAUCUAGUAUUCAUGUUGAGCAGUGAAAGGGAGAGUUUACGUGAGCCUAAACAGCCUGCAUAUACUACUCUUCUAAAUGCAGCAGCAGAUGGUAGUUCAAUUUCAACAAGGCAAAAUCCUUUUCCAAAUCUUGCAUCAAUUUCACUAGUCGAAGCAAGAUAA